AUGAAUCAACUCGAGUGUCCUCAUGGUUGUGGUAGAACCUUUAACGAUAACAAACGAAUGGAGGACCAUAUAAAAACAAGACACUUUCUAUAAUAGAAAGCAUAUCCUAGCCUAUCUAAGAAUACAAAUGUAAAUGUGAUGCAAAGAAAAGUGAAUGUGUUAAGAUAAAAAUUACCAUAAUUACGCAAUAAUCUUUCGGAAACUCAAUCGUCAUUUUCAACAACGUAAUAAUAAAUGUCAGAAUCAGUUAUACCACAAUAAAAACCCUCAAAACCUUUUUAAAAAAUAUAAUUGCAAUUCAAAAAAAAUACAACUCUUCGUCUAAAUUCUUAUAAUAGAAAAAUAGAUGAUGUAUAAAAUAUUGAUGAUUAAAAAGAUAAAGAAUUUAAUGAUACUUAAAAAACGUAAUAGACUAUUAAGAUAAUGGAAGCCUCUCCAGUUAUAUCAGCAAAUGAUUUGAUGGAAGCAAGAAAAAUGAUCACAAAAUAAUUUGUUUGCACCAACAGUGAUGGAUCUGAUUUGAAAUCAGUAACAAACUUGUCUCUUAUAGAUAAAAACCUCUUGAUUUUUGAAAGCACUACUGAAGUCCCAUUCUCUGAAUUAAAGUAAUCCUAUAUUAAAUUAGUAGUGCCUUAAAGAGUCUUUCAUUAUCAUAAAACAAAUUGAUAAAUGUCAUAGGAAUUAGCAUAUUGUAAAACAUCGUGGAUUUAAAUGUCAACAACAAUAAAAUAACAACUCUAUAGCCUUUAGGCGAUUGUAAAAGACUUUAGAGAUUGUAUGCUAAUCAUAAUCUAAUUGACUCAAUAGAGUUUGGAUUAAUGAUCCAUUUAAAUUGGAGAUAACUAAAUUACUGA